AUGGACACCAAUCUGAUUGAAUUUGUCAACCCACGGUAUGUAUCCACCGUCAACGAUGAUCCCAAACAGAUGCUGCAGCCCGUUUGGGGCUAUGCACAUGAGCCGCUUUUGCCACUGGAAGAAGCCUGUCAACCGCUGCAUCCGGUCGUCUCUCGCCUACUGCCUCACAUAUGGGUGGCCAAGGAGAAUUCGAAAAAUCCUGUUGAUGGUCUCACUCAAGACGAGUCAGCCGCCAUUCAUCUCUACACCAUGGAAUGGGAACCGGAGGAAGGUGAACCUCGCGGAAGUCUCUAUGUACAUCUCAAUCGAACACUCAAACAAGUUGAUCGAACUAAACUGCGACCUUGGUUUCGCUACUUAAAAUUGUUUCUCACUGCUUUGGCUAAACUACCACUCUCUCCUCGUCAAGUUGUCUGGCGUGGUGUGCGUAAGGAUCAUAGUGCUGAUUAUCCACCUGGUGCUGAGGCCACAUGGUGGUCUUUCUCAUCGUGUACAACAUCAUUGAGUGUUCUCGAAUCCGAUUUAUAUUUGGGCAACGUGGGAACAAGAACUCUCUUUUCGAUUGAAACCCUCAACGGACGCACAAUACGAAAUCAUUCACAUUUCACGACCGAAGACGAAAUUUUGUUGUUGCCCGGUACACGUUUGAAAGUUUUGUCACAGCUCAAUCCGGCACCCGGCCUAUACCUUGUCCAUUUGCAACAGACACGACCGAUACAUGAAUUGCUCGAACCGCCAUUCAAAGGUAACUUUACGAGAAUUCUACGUUGCACAAAAAUAGACUGA